AUGUUAAAGUCAGAACAAAAAGAAAACACGUCAAUUUUGCCCUACUCUCAUUUUCCCUCUUCUCCUCUUCUCGUUCUUUCUAGUUCACACGAUAUCUCCCACUGCAACCAGCCGGCUCUGCCUCCGAUCUGCAACCAUCUCCGAUCUGCAACCAGCCGGCCACUUCCUCCGGCAACGAUGUCGCCUCCGCCAUCACCGCCGGCAGCAAAGACCUCCAGCUCCUCCGAAGUCAUCGACGCAACAUACCUUCUCCCUCCGACUGCUGUCGCCACUCUCUUGUCGCCACCACCAUCGUCGAAGUUGCUGAUCAGAAGGGUUCCUCUUGAACACCAUUUUAUCAGACAUCAAAUAUUUGAAGAUGGGCAUUUGACACUUAAAGUGAGGCAUGGGCAUUUUUUUUGCAACUCAGAGCAAUUAUAUUCAGUGCUUAAUGGUGGAGAUACUGAAAAUUGCUAUACUCCAAGUGUAUUGAGAAAUAGCAAAAUACUUUCAGCUCUUACUCCAGGAGGAAUUAAUUAUCCAUGAAAAGGGUCUUUUACUUCAACUUCCAUUGAGAUAAAUACCCCUGGAGAAGCAUGGACGGAUCAGCUAUCUCAGAGUCAUUUUCUGGUCACAAUCUUCAAGUUUUUCAUGACUCAGAAGAUAAAGAUUUUCUUGAGAUUGCAUCAAGGAUAAAUGGAAAUAAAACAUUUAAUAAUAAACAGGUGUGGAAUCACGAGCUAAUCAAGAAGGAAUUCUCUAUUGGUUGUAGACAAUAUUUGAUAAUAUGGAUUGAAAUUUAUAGAUUUAAUGUAUGUCAAAUGAUUGAAAUUUAU